CCUCGCCUCCAGUCUUGCAAAUGUGUACUGGCUCCUCCCCUUCAGUCUUGCACAGGUGUAUCGGCUCCUCCCCUCAGUCUUGCACAGGUGUACCGGCUCUUCCCCUCCAGUCUUGCACAGGUGUACCUGCUCCUCCCCUCCAGUCUUGCACAGGUGUACCUGCUCCUCCCCUCCAGUCUUGCACAGGUGUACCGGCUCCUCCCCUUCAGUCUUGCACAGGUGUACCGGCUCCUCCCCUUCAGUCUUGCACAGGUGUACCGGCUCCUCCCCUUCAGUCUUGCACAGGUGUACCGGCUCCUCCCCUUCAGUCUUGCACAGGUGUACCGGCUCCUCCCCUUCAGUCUUGCACAGGUGUACUGGCUCCUCCCCUUCAGUCUUGCACAGGUGUACCGGCUCCUCCCCUUCAGUCUUGCACAGGUGUACCGGCUCCUCUCCUGGACUGAAUUACUUCCUCUGAUGUCACUGCACACUGGGAGCUUCUCACAAUGUGCAUUAGAAGCAGCAACAACUCAGAUAGAGCUCCGCCCCAUUCCCUGACUGGAGGACAUCCAGCACCAUCUAGCUUUUUCCUCCCCAGCCUGACUGUCCCUGGCCCCACCCCACAUACCCUCAUAUUACCUAUGACAUG